UCAUGUUUAUUUGCAUGUUCUCUCCAAAUUCUUUCCGUUUUCCCCUGCUUUCUUCUUCGUCUUCACAGUCCUCGUUUGACUUUUCCUUAAAAAAAUCAACUUAGGUUGUUGACUUUCGUUCUUGUUGAAUUGAUUCUCCAAUGGGCCCCACUAGAGGUUCCAAAUCGAAAAAGAAGUCUACUACCACCCUCUCUACUCCGCCGUUAAUUCACUCUCAACCCUCCGAUUGGUGGCAUGAUUUCUCCAAAAGGUUUCAUGGGGACUUAAAAAAGUCAACGGAUUCACAAAGUUUCGAAUCCAUGUUCAAGAUGUCAACCAAAACAUUUGACUAUAUCACUUCAUUUGUCAACGAAGAAAUGUCGGCCAGUAACAAAAACUACAUUGACCUCAACGGAAACCAGUUGAAUCUAUAUGACAUGGUUGGUGUUGCUCUAAGACGGUUAGGCUCCGGUGAUUCUUUAUCAACGGUUGGAACUUCACUCAACCUUCACCAAACCACCGUUGCUGGGCUAACCAAAAGGUUCGUGGAUGCCUUGGUAGAAAAAACUCACUCUCAUAUCUACUGGCCUUCAACUGAACUCGAGAUGGAGGACGUAAAGUCUAAAUUCGAGAAAAUUGGGGGACUCCCGAAUUGUUGUGGCGCAAUCGGCACCACCCACAUUUUGAUGCGUUUGUUAAACGUCGAAUGCUCAACCAACGCUUGGUGUGACCGAGAGAAUAACCAAUCCAUGGUUUUAUCAGCGAUCGUGGACCCCACUUUGAGGUUCCGUGACAUCAGCGGCGGGUGGCCUGGAAGUUUGACUGAUGAGUAUAUCUUUAAGGAGUCAGCAUUUUUGGAAUUAUGCAAAGACGGGGUUAGACUAAACGGGAAACAAAGACAACUUUCGGAAGGAAACGAAAUACAUGAGUAUAUUGUUGGUAAUUCGGGUUUCCCGUUGCUUAAAUGGAUGCUAACUCCGUAUCAGGGUGACCAACUUGGCGAUUAUGAAAUGAAAUUCAAUGAGAUGUUGUUUAAAACACAAAUGGUGACGAACGAAGCGUUUGUGAAGCUGAAAGAGAACUGGAAGAUCCUUAAAGGAGAAUUGUGGAGGCCUGAUAAAAACAGAUUACCGUUGAUUAUUACUGCGUGUUGCAUACUGCAUAAUAUACUUAUUGAUAUGGAAGAUGAAGUUCAAGAGACGCUCGUGUUUUCAGGCGGUCAUGAUUUGGAUUAUCGUCCUGUGUUUUGUGAUGCGGAUGAUGAUGAUCAAGUUGGUGCGGUUUUGAGGGAGAAGAUCUGUCGUUAUCUUUCCUUUCGGGAAAACGAUGGCAUGCAUCACAGUUCUGCAGCUUGACAUGAAUAAUUUCUGGUUUUCGUAUCUUUUUUUUUCUUCAUAUAUAAACUAUUGAGAUGAAACUGUGAGUUUAUCAAAGGGUAGUUGUUGUUCUCUGGAUUUUUUUUAAAG